AUCUGCAACCCCACAAAUUUUCUCUCUCUGUUUCGUCUGAAACUUCCAUUCAUUGAAGCCUUCACCGAUUCACUUCCAAGCUACUUCUUAAUUCACAAUCCUUUUUCUCUAUUUAAAUACAUUAUCUCUGGUAGAUUUAAGCUCAAUACAGCGAUUGCGGAGCCAGUUUUUUUUAGAGAGAAAAAGAGGGGAAAAAUGGCGAACGAAGAUCUGGAGAGGGGAGGUGGAAUGAAGAACAGGGGCAACAACGGCCACCCACCGGGCUACUACUCCUCUACGUACUAUGCGGAGGCUUCCGAGACUCACUGGACUUCGUGGUUGAUCCCCAUGUUUGUUGUAGCGAAUGUCGCUGUUUUUGUGGUGGUCAUGUAUGUCAAUGACUGCCCUAAGAAGAAUACCGGGAUUGAGGGGGCUUGUGUUGCUAAGUUUCUUCGGAGGCUCUCGUUUCAGCCUCUCAGGGAGAACCCUCUCUUUGGCCCCUCGUCUUCUACAUUGGAAAAACUGGGAGGUCUUGAGUGGGACAAGGUAGUUUAUGGGGAUCAAGGAUGGAGACUGGUCACUUGUAUCUGGUUACAUGCAGGUGUUAUACAUCUGCUUGCAAACAUGUUGAGCUUAGUCUUUAUUGGGAUUCGCCUUGAGCAACAAUUUGGAUUUGUGCGUAUUGGAAUAAUCUACUUGGUGUCUGGAUUUGGUGGGAGCAUUCUCUCUUCCCUUUUCAUUCAACGCAAUAUCUCUGUGGGUGCGUCUGGUGCUCUGUUUGGACUUCUUGGAGCAAUGCUUUCAGAGCUUAUUACCAACUGGAGUAUUUAUACCAACAAGGCUGCAGCUCUGUUCACACUUGUUGUGAUCAUUGCCAUUAAUUUAGCAGUUGGAAUUCUUCCUCAUGUUGACAAUUUUGCCCACAUUGGAGGAUUCUUGACGGGAUUCCUCCUUGGCUUCAUUUUGUUGCUCCGACCCCAGUUUGGGUGGGUGAAGCGCCAGCAUCGUCCAGCUGAUGCCCAUGUCAAAUCCAAGCACAAGGUUUAUCAAUACGUGUUCUGGUUGGUUGCGAUGGCUUUACUGAUUGUCGGAUUUAUUGUUGGGUUGGUGAUGCUGUUCAGAGGAGAGAAUGGAAAUGAUCAUUGUAGCUGGUGUCAUUACUUAAGCUGUGUGCCUACCUCUAAAUGGAAAUGUGACAACUGAUGGAACAGAACAGUUUUCAACAUCUUACUAAUUUCACACUUGUGUGUCUUCCUUCAUCAGCUUCCUUCCUUCAUUCUUUUCUUGUUUUAUUUUUAUAUUUUUUAAUUUUUUUCACACUGGUGUGCUUUCUUGCGUGUAAAUUUAUAGUUCCUGAUAUUUAAAGCAUAUUUCUGUAGUUGUCUUUGGACAGAAAGGAAGUGUUGUUUUCUUGGAUUCACAUGGGAAUUUUUUCCCAUCAUAUGGACACUGACCUAGUGAUUACAGAAUAAAGUUAUUUCAAUGUAUUUCAAUUUA